AUGGAGAAACUUGAAGACAUCGAAAGUUUUCUGAAGAAUGUUGAUGAAAUAAGUCAGCUUGUGGAGGACCUAAGGUCUUCUGAUGCUGAAGUCCAACAAAAAGCAAUGGAAAAAGCUGAUUGCUAUAUCGCUUCCUUGGCAGAGCCUUGCAGAACCAAAAUCAACAAGACUACAAUCAACACAAACCCACCGCCACUCCCUCCUUCCAUAGUGAGCCACAAUGAAAAUAAAUAGAAUUUCAUGAAGAUUAUGGAGAUGGAUGCAGAAGAAAGGAGAGUUCGGAAAGCUGCAAAUGUGAAAAAGGCUAUCGCGUUCAAGGACAAAGGGAAUGAAGCUUAUGCUCAAGAAGACUAUGAAACUGCUGUAAAGUAUUACAGCGAUGGUUUGGCUGAAAUCAAGGAUAUGCAGCCACUGUACACAAACAGAGCUCAAGCCUAUAUUAAACUGGGAAAGUACAAUGAGGCCAUCAGUGACUGUGAAUGGGCCCUGAAGUGUAAUGAGAGGUGCAUAAAGGCUUAUCUACACAUGGGUAAAGCAUAUCUAGGAUUGAAGAAAUAUAACGAGGCAAGAGGCUGUUUUGAAAAGAUAGAAGAAAUUCAACCUGGGAAGGAAAAAAUAGUGAAAGAAUACCUGACCCAGGUUGAUUUGGGAAAGGAGAAAGAGACUCAGGAGAUAAAGGCAAGGGAAGAGUUUGACAAGGGGAAGAGGAAGGCCACAACAGUGGUGGAGCUGUUGGAGAAGCUGUCAAAAUCCGGUCAGAUUGCCCUCUACUACUGCGGAGGAUUGGAGAUUCUGUCACAAGCGCUUACUGACUGUACAGGGCAGACCCUUUUCAGGCUGAACAAUGGCUUUAGUAUCAUCACCAGCAAUGUCACGGUGAGAAGUUGCCUGUUGGAGAAAACAAAUGAUCCAGAGAGUCGUGAGCUGUGUGUGUCUGUUUUUAAAAUAUGGAGGAGAGUUUGUUGUGGAAAUGAUGAAAACCAGAAGCUGUUGAUGACAUGUCCGGUCGCCACACAGUCCAUUGUUCAUUUGGCUUCAUCGGAGCAUGAUGAAGUGGCGAAAGAAUGUCUGGCACUGCUGUCAGUGUACUCAGAGAUACCACGUGGCAGACAUUUGGCCAUUGAGAGCCUUGAUUUGAACAUGUUAGUGAGGAACCUCAUGGUGUGCGUCUCAAAGCCAAAGAAGCAGCAGGAGAACACAGCGGUCAACAUUCUGCAGAACUUUGCAACAGAAAGCCGGUUUUGUAUUCAGUUGAGAGAUGUUUUGACAGACUCAGUCAUUCUGCCAGUUACAACAAUACUGAAAAAUGUCAACACGUCCAAUCAACAUAUACUUCCGUCACUGAUAUCAGGUCUCGGCUGUCUGGCUAGAGAUGACGUCCUUCGUCACAAGCUUGCUCAUGAUCCUGAUUGUUGGAAAGCCUUUCUGGUUGCUGUUAGGACAUGCAUUGCAUCUGAAUACAGAGAGAUCCUCUACUCUUUACUUGGCUUGAUUGUGAAUCUUUCAACCGUCACCUCCCCUGUUGUCCAGGAGCUUUCUAUUUCACUCUGCGACUCCUGUGUGGAUCUCCUGAGGCAUAAUGACGAGGGAAUCAUAACUAGAGCCACAGGUGUGCUAAGCACUGUCCUCCCCCAGUCCUCACAAGCCGUUCAGCAUGUUAUCCAAAGGGAAAUGGUCGAAACCAUGUGCAGGCUCCUGAAGGGAACCGGGCAGACUGCCACUAAGUAUGCCAUUAAGACUUUGACAGUGUGCACUGCUGCCAGUCACUUGGCACGGGAGAAGCUGGUGAACUCUGAUAAAAAAUUGUCUAUUUUACGUCGUUUGCUGAGCUCCAGCUGUGAUGAGAUGGUCUCAGGAAAUGCAGCCCUGUGCUUGGCCCACUGCCUUGAUUUGGAGGGAGUUGCCAGUGACCUGCUGGGCACUGAUAUUGUGCUGUUGCUGCUGCGGCACGCUGCAGGGGAUGCUAAGAGGACAGCUGUGCAGCAAAAUGCAGCAAUAGCUCUUGGGAAGUUGUGUCGAUGUGAACCCAGACACAUGAGCAAACUUCGAGAACUACACGGCCUUGAGAUUCUGCACUCCUGUGUAAAGCUCAUCUCAUGAACACCUGACCACACAUUUUAUAAUAUCCUUCCUUGACCCCAGUCUUGUUUUCUCCUGUAUUCUGUUUUAGGCGUUGAUGCGU